AUGCCCGAGCCAAAGCGGCCCAACUUUGCAAGGCCAGAAGAGCUUCCAGCUGAAGGCAGCAAAGACCAGGCGGAAGGCGCUGGGAACCUCCUCAGCAGCCUCUGGAGCUGUUUCAAAUUCUUGGCUGAGGCAAGCCCACCCUCCCGACACUGGGACGUGCCUCCCUGCCCCCACGUUCUGCCAAGAGCCUCCUCAGAAGCUGCCCAAGGAGUUGCCUUCAGACCACGGGCUCCGGAUUCCGGAGAGGAGCCUCUGCCUCGUGUGGCUCGUGGAGCCUCAACAGCCUCCUCCGCCCCCCCCACCUUCAAGGCGUCUUGGGGCAUGGGCCAGAAGAGAGCGGCCCUGGUCCUCUGCCUCCUCCUGCUCAUCCUGCUGCUCCUGGCCCUCAUCCUGCUGUUCCUGUUCUGGCGGUCCAGCACGGGCAUCGUGUACAAGGAGCCGGAGGAGAGCUGCCGGGGCCCGGCCGUGCGCUGCGACGGGGUCGACGACUGUUCCCAGCGGAGCGACGAGCUGGACUGCGUGCGCUUCGGCUGGAACCAGUCGGUGCUGCACGUCUACUCGAGCGCCGAGCGGCAGUGGCUGCCCGUCUGCAGCAGCGCCUGGGACGAGGCCCUCUCCCGGAAGACGUGCCAGCAGCUGGGCUUCCACAACGCCUCCCACACCGCCUAUGUCCCGCUGCCCUCCUCCGGGAAGAGCCUGGUGGUCGCGGGGGCGCACAAGACCAUCCAGCAGAGCCUCAACAGCUCCCAGUGCCCUACUGGAAAGUAUGUCGCCCUCCGGUGCACUCGCUGCGGGCAAAGGAUGUCUGGUCGCAUCGUGGGGGGCACCGAAACAUCAGCCAGCAAGUGGCCUUGGCAGGUCAGCCUCCAGUACGGGUCGACCCACAUCUGCGGGGGCACCAUCAUCGACCCCCUGUGGGUCCUCACAGCUGCCCACUGUUUCUUCAUGAACAGCGAGAAGAUCCUGGACGAAUGGAAGGUGUUUGCUGGGACCUCUGACCUCAGCCACCUGACGGAGGGCAUCCCCGUCUCACAGGUCAUCAUCAACGGCAACUACAGCGACGACCAGGAUGACUAUGACAUCGCCCUGAUGAAGCUGGCGAGGCCCCUCACCCUUUCAGCUCAGGUCCGCCCCGCCUGCCUCCCCAUGUCUGGCCAGAAGUUCCUUCCUGGGAGGAAAUGCUCCAUCACAGGCUUCGGCAAAACCAACGAGAGCGAUGAAAACACCUCCCCAAAGCUGCGGGAAGCAGAGGUGAAAAUCAUUGACUACAAGCUCUGCAACAGCCAGAAUGUCUACGAGGGCUACCUGACCCCCCGGAUGAUGUGUGCCGGUUACCUGCAGGGUGGGCGAGACUCCUGCCAGGGUGACAGCGGCGGCCCUUUGGUCUGCCAGGAUAGCAACCGGUGGUACGUGGCUGGAGUCACCAGCUGGGGGACGGGCUGUGGCCAGAGGAACAAGCCGGGGGUCUACACUCAGAUCACAAAGCUGCUCAGCUGGAUCCACAGCAAAAUGGAGAGCCAGAGCAACUGAGGAGAGGAAGGCUGUCCCCUGCUCCUGGCC